AUGGCGGCCGCACCGGAGCGCGGGACCGGGAACGGCGCCGGCAACGGGAACCGCACCGGGAUCGGCCGCGGGAGCCGCCUCGGAGCGGCCCCGAGCCGCUGUGGGGCGUGCCGGGGGCGGCUGGAGCCCCCCGGUCCCUCCCGGUCCCUCCCGGUCCCUCCGGGGGGAGACCGGUUCCUCCCGGUCCCUCCCGGUCCCUCACGCCGCGCUCCCGGAAGUGCCGCCCCUCCGCCCUCAGCCAAUCAGCGGCGGGAAAACCCGCGCUCCGCCCCACGUGACCCGCGAGCGCCCCGCUCAUUAGUGGCGGGCCCAGCGCUCCAGCCAAUCAGCAGCGCGCAACGCGAGACGUCCCGCCCGCCAGAUGGACGCGCGGCGCAGCCAAUCGGCAGCGGGGGGGGCGUGGCCAGCGGCGCCAGGCUCCGCCCCCCCGCGGUUUUUGGGGCGAAUCGCGGCGGAUUCGGGGCCGGCAGAGCCUUUAUUGGGGGCGGGGGCACGGGGGCGGCCCGGGGCAGCGGCCCCAGAGGUCAGGGGUCAGCGUCUGGUCCCCAAUGUCCCCAGAGGUCAGGGGUCACCGUCCCCAAUGUCCCCAAGAGGUCAGGGGUCACCGUCCCCAGCGCCCCCGGCUCAGUGUCCGGUCCCCGGUGUCCCCAAGGGCUCAGAGGUGGCGGGGUGUCCCCAAAGGCCGGGCUGCCACUGUCCCCAGUGUUCCCAGUGGGGGCUCAGCGGCCUCGGGGUGUCCCCAGGGAAGGGGUCCUGGUGUCCCCAAUGUCCUGUUGUCCCCUGUCCCCUGUCCUGGUGUCCCCAAUGCCCCCAGUGUCCCCUGUCCCCCUGUCCUGUCCCCUGUCCCGUGUCCCGCUCAGGGCCGUCAUGGUGUCCCCAGUGUCCCCCUGUCCCCUUUUCCACUCAGGGCCGCUGCGGUGUCCCCAGGGAGCACCUUUGGGGGUCCCCAGCCCUUUGAGUCCCUCCCUGCCCAUGUCUGGGGGUCCAUGA